AUGACGGAAGGUUUGAAAUUGAUCAUGGAAUUCAGCUGUGCGGAGAUUCUCCGUGCUGGCUUGUAUGGAAGAAUAUACCCCGGCUUUGCAACAGUUUCACCGAACGGUAGCACCGAUGAUGUGAGUGAGAACUCUUUAGGACCCCCAGCAAUAGAAAGUACUGUCAACGUUAUGGAGGGCCUUCCUGCGCGCGAAUGUACCAGUGAUGAGCAGGUGGCCAAGUAUGUGCCGUGGGAUAUACGAUGA